AUGGGUCUAGUAUGUUGUCGUCCAAGUCAACCGCCUACCUCUCAAACGUCCACAUUAACUACUGUCAGUCCUUUAACAUCUUCACAUAGCACUCCCACUCCCACUCCCUAUGUCAUUCAGAGGCCUUCAUCGCAAGUCACUUCACAAAAAACAGCAAAAUGUCCGGAAUGUCACCAACUAACCUCUACCCUAUACUGGGGUUGGUGUCAACACUGUUCUGCUCGUCACUUUUCCGCAAAUUUUACUAACUGGUCAUCUGGAAACCUUAGUCUGGAUAAGUUAAUUCAAGAAAUUCAACUGAAUGCUACCUACAGUAAACACCCGGUCGCACUGAAAAGGUUAAAAGGAAGUGAGGAGUGCCCCGAAGAUUUUUUGAAUGAAAUCAAAUCUUUUCACUCGAUAACCCUUCAAGAACUCUCGUUCGAAGUGACCCGCUGUUUCGGCAUCAGUCAAGAUCCCACAACCAAGGAAUACAUCAUGGUUACAUCAUAUGCAGAAAAUGGGAGCUUGCACCACUAUCUCCAACUAAAUCCACAUAUCGAUUGGUCGACCCGGAUUUGCUUUCUUUUGAAGAUUGUCCAAGGACUGCACGUUAUACACAGUGCAGGAUUGACACACCGAAAUUUUCAUAGUGGAAAUAUAUUAGUGGGAAAACGAUAUCCGACGGUUAGUGAUUUUGGAUUAAACGGGUACAUAGGCAAGCAUGUCGGAAACACCAGUAAUACAGUGCUACCGGAAGAUUCACCGGACGUUUUCAAUGAUGGUGAUAAUUCGAACGGCUCCACAAUUAGCCUCUUAAAUUCUAAUAGGCCAAGCAUACGUGAUGUUCAGCACCCAAAAUGCUGGAUCCAAUUGAUGCGCAGGUGUUGGAAUGAUGACCCUGCACAACGACCCACCACUGUUGAAAUUAAGGAAGUGCUAGAAAAGUGGUAUCAAUUAAUAGAAACCAAUGUGACAAAGAACAGGGAAGAUUUGGAUAUCUUAAGGGACUUUAGGGAUGCUGAGAGUGUCAUUCUUCAAGAGAAUAGGAAUAGUAAUGGUGGGUUAUCGGUGAAUAGUGGAAAAUUGGUAAACAACAUAAGCUUGCUAGAGACCCGAAAGAAACAUCCCGAAGCACAUUAUUACAGUCGCAAGAUACCAACUAUGAAACUAGUGAAGAGAUUGGAAGAAAAAAUGAAACCACAAGAAGUUCGCGAUUACGUAAAUUUACGAUACCUACAAAUAGAUCCGUCAGCCUAUAGUUCGAGGAAUAACUCGAUGAAAAGUUCACCCACAACUAUGGCUACCGCCACACAAACCAUUAACAAUCAAUUGUUGAACCCAUAUCGUAAGUGGAGUAGUACAUGGGAUAAUGUCAUGGAAGAUCGAGAUGAUAGAAAGAGCUAUACAGAGAUGGUUGACACAGACAAUAGAAGCAAUUUGAGCAAAGGUGAUGAUAAUGAUAAUGUCCUAUUGAAGUACCGAGGUGGUGUUGUCGGUGGUGUAGUGGAAAUAUUGAGGAAUAGUUUUGAGAUUGAAGAAUCGAAUCAAAAUGAUGAUGAUAUUGUGGGAGAUGCUAAUGAUGACAUUACACCGAUAAGCAUUUUCUGGAAAGCGAAUUCGGAGGAUAGGAUUUUAGAAGACGGUAAAAAAAAGGUAACUAAUGACCUUCCAAUAAAUGUUGGGUUGGAGGGUGACCAUCGUCCAAAGAACGGUGGUGAUGUUCCUGUAAAUAAUAGUGAUUCACUAAUUCUAGAAAACGGAAAUCUAAUAAGUACUUCGAAUAUAAUCGACGCAACUCGGAAUCUAAGUUUCAAUGAUAUAAACAGUGUCAGUGAUGCCACAUCAAAACCAUCGCAAAAUCAUACGUCCAUAAGUUAUUUUUGA